GUAUAAUGGCAAUGCUCCAAGUAUAUACAAAUGUAGUUCAUGCCUAGUGGGAUCAUAACAUAAACUUGUGUUCCCUCGUAAAACUCCUGUAGCGUUUAGCAAGAAAAAGCUGUACACCAGAUGUGAUUUUGAGCUCCUUCAGUUAAAGAUGACUGCGCUUCGUCGAAGAGGGAUAUAUGCCAAAGAAGAGACAGAAACGAGGACCACCUUCAAGAUCUCCACGUCCAGUGUAAAAGCUGUCGACCUUUUGAGGAUCCUCCCAUUCCUAAGUGCCAUCGUAGUAUAUUUCUAUUACUGUAAGCCACAUAUCUCAAAGCCAACACCGUGCCUGGCAACAACUGUCGCAAAGUGCCUCCCGAUUAUCUUCCUCACCGUCUUCGUGGACACAACCUCGGGCAGGACACUUGACUACAAAUUCAAGAAAUAUGUGUUCUUCGGCUUAAUAGGUUGUUGUGUUGGAGAUGCAUGCCUUGUGUAUCCAGAGGGUUUCAUUCCUGGGAUGCUGGCGUUUGCGAUCGGACAUGGCUUCUACAUCAAAGCAUUCGCAUAUCAGGACAUACUGAAACUUGAUAUGGACAUUGGGACAAUCUUCCCGAUCAUAAUGGCCAUUGUGACGUAUGGAAUCUUGUUCCCUGGCAUGAGUAACCUGAUGCGUGUCCUUGCUGGGGUCUACCUGACCUUGCUCUGUUACAUGGUCAUACAGGCCACCAACAGGAUGAAACUUCUCAGGUCUGUGUCCUCUUUUACAGCCUUUCUUGGUGCCUGGCUGUUUGGCCUAUCUGACCUCGCUCUGGGAGUGGCCAUGUGGGUUACACAUUUCCAAGGUGACUCACUCGUUGUCAUGACUCUUUAUUACAUCGGGCAGUUUCUUAUUGCAAUUUCAGUCUUGGGAUUUUAGAAUCUGGAAAUUUGACAAUUUGCCUGAUCACCCAUGCUAAACUCAUGGCAUGUAGGCAGUGAUAUGUUAAUUGGGCUUCACAGCUCAAAACCUUUUAGUGUAUAUAGUACAGUGUACUGUUUGCCAGUAUAAAUUUGUAAAUAGUUCUUUGUUAAUUUUUCACUAGUUUAGUCUUUUGUUUCAUAAUUGUAGUACCUGAAUAAAGCACA